UCUCUCCUACCCCGCAACUCCUCUGGUUUCUUUCCCAUGUCUUCUUCUCCUUGUUCCUUCUUUCGUUCUUCAGGGUGGGUUAGGCCAGAGGAAGAGGAGGGUUAACCACCUCUCUCUCACCCCUCCCCAUGCCUCCUAGGGGCCCUGCAGGCCAGAGCAGAGGCACUCUGGGCAGCUGGGUGAAGCCCAUCUGGGCAAGCCUUCCCUGGGUACUGCUUUUCCCCAGAGUCCUACAGCAGGCCCCAGCUUCACUUUCAGGCUCCUGUUUGCUUCUCUAACCAGACUUCUGUUCCCCUUCCUGGGCUGCUGGGAAUCUGGUGAGGGAGAGUCUGUGCCCCGUGAGCCUCACAGAGAUGUUCAGUGCUUGGGAUCGCCGGGAACGGCCCCCAGAGGAAGGAGCAGCUGCAGAGCUCCAGGGCUUCGGAGUGGACAAGACCUUCCUGUCUUCCCUCAAAGGCAUCCUGCUGGAAACUGAGCUGGCCCUGACCUUCAUCAUCUUCAUUUGUUUCACGGCCUCCAUCUCCGCCUACAUGGCCGCAGCGUUGCUAGAGUUCUUCAUCACACUGGCUUUCCUCUUCCUCUACGCCACGCAGUACUACCAGCGCUUCGAUAGGCUUAACUGGCCUUGUCUGGACUUCCUCCGGUGUCUCAGCGCUAUCAUCAUCUUCCUGGUGGUCUCCUUUGCUGCUGUGACCUCGAGGGAGGGCGCCGCCAUUGCUGCUUUUGUUUUUGGCAUCAUCCUGGUCUCUGUCUUUGCCUAUGAUGCAUUCAAGAUCUACCGAACUGAAUUGAUGCCCGGGACCACGGAGGGGGACCAGCAGUGAUUCCAGGGUUACCUGGCUACCUGAGACACACAUGGUUUCCCUGCCUGGCUGCCUCUCCACAGGGGACCAGCAGUGAUUCCAGGGUUACCUGGCUCCCACAACCAGACACAAGGAACCACGGAGCCCAUCUUUGUCAUCUUAGAAUUCACUGAACUCCAAGUGCCCACCCUCUACUCCACGUCUUCAGAGAUGUGCGCUUGAGAAGUCCCAGGGAAUCUGUGGGGAGGGGUAAAGUUCUGGGGGCCGGGGCAGGUGGCUGUGCCUCCAAGUCACUCCCAAAUUAAAAAAAAAAAUCAAAUCCUA